AUGUCCAAGGACUCAUCGGCGUCGGUUCUCGAGCCCCAGCGCCGCCACGCACCGGUGUCGAAGCCCUUGCCCUCCAAGAAGGAACGUUCCGUCACCGAUAUGCCGGUGUUUGCUCCGAUGGCCGCGCCCCGGUCGUCGUCCGAUGCGUCGACGGUCACCGACUCGUUGGAUGUCAAGCUCGUUGCCGUGACACCGCUGCCGUCGUCCGAGGGCAGCUCGGCGCCAGCGUCGCCAACGACGUCGACGCAAAACGACGACGACGACGACAACGAUCACGUCAUGGGCUCGCCUGCAAGCGUCGCGUCGGACGAAAUCAAAGCGCCCGUGUCCCCGCCGUUCCAGCCGCAUGUGACGAGCCCCAUGACGACGCUGGCCAAGACACUCCAGAGCUCGUCGACCGCCAUGUUCUUUCCGCUCUACGGCGUGCGCUCGACGCAGCGCAAGAGCUACGUGCCGAUGCUCGAGACCGUGCGCCACAAGACGCUGCUGCCGCUUCACGCGGACGCCGUGCACUUUGCUGCGUACGGCCCUCCGAACUUUGCCGCGGCGUCGCAUUUCGGCGUGUCGAUUUGGGCCUUCCUCGCGACCUACGACGCAGCAGCACCCGCCCCUCUGCCCGUCUGGCUCCAGAUCGAGCGCGGGCAAAUGGUGCAUGUGACGCUGCAUGUGCCCGAGACUGGCUACAGCGUCGCAGACGGCGAGACCAAAUCGUUCAUCUGGGACCACCACGCGACGCACGUCCAUUUUGACGUGGUCGUUCUCGACGCCACGGUGCUCGGGCAGCCGUUUUUUGCUGACAUUGUCGCCGGCCCGCACGUCCUCCGCCUUGCGUUUCAGUUGGCGACACUCUCGGACGCGGCCGGUGCCUUGACGCAGGCGUACCCGAGCCAAGCGAAGCGCAUCACCGAGCACGCAUGCGUAUUACCGUCGGACGGUUUUGAUGUCGCGAUCGGUGCGACCUCAGGCAGCUACCAUGGCUCGGCCGUCAACGUGGACGCAUUGCAUGACGAGUCCAUCGUCGACGCUCUUAGCGCUCGCAUGCAGCAGAUGAGCCACCACCCGCGCAUCGCUUGCAUUCUCGGCGCGGCCAAGCUCCAUGACCAUUGGCACUGGGUCUCGCAGCACAAGCAGGCGUUCACGCUGCAUACGUACCUCGGCCAGCGCUUGACCAACGACGAGAAGACGGAUCUCAUGCGCGAUAUCGCGGCCGGCCUCGCCCACAUGCACGAGUGCGGUCUCGCCCACAACAGCGUGAGCACGCGCCACUGCAUCGUGGACCUCGACGGCCGCGUGACGUUGAGUGGGUUCAGCGCCGUGGCGGUCGCAGCGACGCUUGCCGAGAUGGCGGUCGACGUCCUCGCGUUUGGCUACGUGCUCUGGGAAGCGUUUACGGAUGUGCCAGCGGCCGAAAUGGGCUCGACCUGGCACGAGAUUGUGGUGGCCGUCGAGCUCGGCCCGUCUGCCGCCACGAUGCCACUUUCGAUUCAAGCCUUGCUCCUUGCGUGUUUCGGAAGAUAUCGCACGCCGCCCCACGAUGGCCUUCUCAAGAUGGCGUAG